CGACCCAUCGCAGACUGCCGCAGAACACCGAGCGAUCGAGAGAGCGACGUCGUACACUCCGCUCCACAGCGAGUGGAGCAAUGGUGUGUUUUGACUGGCUGAAAAAUGAUCUGCCUCAUAUUAGUGACGUGUCACUGUUAUGAUUCCCUUCACACGUCGCAGAAUUUCCGUAAAUGUGGACCCCUGCACUGCUCGGCAGCGUGAUCGCGGCCAGUGCGUGGCUGCUGCUGCGUCCAUUGGCGCUUUAUCGUAGCAGCAGGGGGCUCUCUGACGUCCCUACGCUGACUCUGCUACGCUUCAACCUCAAUGUGCGCCUGCACUCGCUGAUAUUGUGCAUCUCCGGGGUCUCACGAAAUCUACCAAACAUUCCCGAUGUAGACCAAUUGCCUGGCCAAGUGCUGCGUGUCUUGGGUAACAAUCCCAGUCGAAUGACACUACGAGGUACUAAUGUGUACAUAGUAGGCAGUGGACCGAGAAGGUUUUUGAUCGACUCAAGUGACGGCAAUGAGGUGUUUGUGAAGAGGUUGCUGGAAGUAUGUCAACGCCAUGGAGUGGAGGAGAUCUCGGAUUUGCUGGUAACUCACGGACACUUAGAUCAUGUAGGGGGUCUUUUACCAUUAAAGCAGAGAUUCCCCGCCAUGAAGGUGUGGAAAUAUCUACCCGAUGCAAAUAAAGAGGGCGAUGGAGACGGAGAUCGACGAUUGAGAUUGAGCAACGAGGAGAGUCGACGACUGGGGAUUGAGGCAUUAAAAGACGGACAGGAGUUUAAAGUUCCCGGCGGUGAAGGCGUUCUAAAGACGGUGUACACUCCAGGACACAGCAAUGAUCAUGUCUGCUUCGUACUCGAUAAGUUGGACGAGCUGAAGGCACCUGUGCUUUUCUCUGGAGACUGCGUCUUGGGUUUUGGCAGCUGUAUGUUUGACUCGCUCGCCGACCUCAUGGCGUCUCUAGCGAAGUUAAAGGAGUACGGUGCUACUACCAUUUACCCAGGACAUGGACCUGUAGUGGACAAUGCACCUGCCAAGAUCUUGGAGUAUAUAACACAUCGUCAGCAACGUGAGUACGAGGUGCUGGAGGUGCUCAAGAGGCGGGGAGGACUGUCGUCGUCGGAGAUCGUGGAUAAAAUCUACGAGCCACUGCCGUUCUUGCUGCGCUUGUCUGCGAAGAAGGCAAUUGAAAAACACUUGCAGAAACUCAUGAUUGAACGCCAAGUCCGGCAGAUUCGUCCCACUGGAUGGUUCCAGUCUGCCACGUACAUGUUGAGCUAAAGCUGCGUGAAAAACUCUUGUGUUUUUAUGGUUAUAAGGUUUAUAGUGAUGGCAGCUCUAAGAGAGCAAAAUAAAUGACGCAGUACUUGGCCUCCUCGUGUGUACAGUACAGACCCAGAUUUACGAACGGCUAUUGCUGAGCUGACGUGCCAUCUUGAUGUUGUCCUGGAUCUGUUGGCGAGAUUGUUCAGCGAUGAGGUUCAUUUGGAUAAUCUGCGCCAUCAGCGAGUCCGUCGCUGGGUCUGCGUCGUUGCUGUUAAAGCUGCCGUUGUAUGGUCGUGACGACGCGCUGUUUAGUCUGGCUACUGCCAUGGACCCUCGAGUCACUGGUGUUUCCGAGUCUCGUCCCUUGUAGUAAUUGUCUUCAGGACUACUAGGUGGAGAGUGGCUGUGACGGCGUUUAACCACAGUGCGCUUCCCCGCAUAGGCGUCCAUACUGCGACUAGUCUUUUGCGGUGACGGCUCCUGGUAGACGGUUACGGGCACGGCAGGCAUCGACGACG